GCGCUCUGACAAUGAAUGUGCUGAGGACACAUGUUUACAAUGACCGGUGGAUGAGGAAGAAUGGAGCGGGCCCCGAGCAGCGAGUACUUUGCUUCCUGUGCAGAGUGAAGGCAGCUAACAGCAGUCCCUGAAGAGGAGACGAUCUGGAUCCUGCAGAGUCGCAGGAGAAACAUGUAAUCAUUGUUGCGUGACUUAACUCAACUGUACCGAGGACUCGCCUAACCUCUCUGCACACUGCAAAGAAGACAGAGUGAUUGUAAAGACGGUCAGCUCUACUUCAGGAUCCCCUCUCAGAGAUGACUGGUGCCCAGGUCCUGAAAGCUUCGCCCCAGCAGUCAGUAUUUGGUGAGCAGCCUCUGCACAGAAUGACACCCACCGUGUCCAAACUGCCCCGGGGCAUCAUGGGCCCCUCGCCGCCGCCUCAGACCGUCUGGCCUCCCCUGGACUUCGGCUUGGGCGCCGUGGCCUGCUGUGCAGCCUGUGUGUUCACCAACCCUCUGGAGGUCGUGAAGACCCGGCUGCAGCUCCAGGGGGAACUCCGCGCUCGCGGAUCCUACCAGGUCCACUACCGGGGGGUCCUGCAGGCCCUCUGGGUGGUGGGGCGCACAGACGGGCUCCGGGGCCUGCAGAAGGGGCUCUCCGUUGGUCUGAUAUACCAGGCCGUGAUGAACGGCGUGAGGCUGGGCUCCUACUCCUACUGCGAUGCUCUGGGUGUCACCUCGCUCCCCGGGGGCAGCUUGCUGUCCGGGGCGGGCGCCGGCGCUCUGGGUGCCUUCAUCGCUUCCCCUGCAUACUUGGUGAAAACACACCUGCAGGCUCAAACUGUGAAAGCGAUUGCGGUCGGUCACCAGCAUAACCACAUGGGCGUGUCGGAUGCCUUUGUUUCCAUCUAUCGACGGGAGGGGCUGUCUGGUCUCUGGAGGGGGGUGAAUGGGGCCGUGCCUCGCGUCAUGGUGGGAUCAGCUGCCCAACUGGCAACCUUCACCUCCGCCAAGGACUGGGUGUCACGCUCCCAGUGGUUCAGUCCAAACAGCUGGAUGACAGUGCUGAUAGCUGCCAGCAUCAGCGGCGUGGCCGUGGCCGUGGCCAUCACGCCGUUCGACGUCAUCAGCACGCGACUCUACAACCAGCCGGUCGACGAGUUUCGCAGGGGGCGUUUGUACAGCGGACUGUCAGACUGUAUGCUGAAAGUGUGCAGAGCCGAGGGGCCGCUGGGGUUGUAUAAAGGCAUGGGCCCCGUCUUCCUGCGACUGGCCCCCCACACCAUGCUCAGCAUGGUUUUCUGGGACUUGCUGAGGCAGCAGGCAGUGAAACACAACUAGUGCCAAGGAGGCAGCUGAACCACCAGCACACACACACACACACACACACACACACACACACACACACACACACACACACACACACACACACACACACAAACUUGAACCGGUCUGUGUGGCUGGUCACAGAUGAAGAUAUAGAAAUAAACCUCCAUUCAAUGAAGAACUGCCUUCAAGGCAAAACAGAGACACUGUUGGAUGCACUUUCUUUGAUAUUGAUACGGCUUUUCAAUCCAUGUGGGAGCUAUGCACCUCGGCCAAUUUAGCAGAGAAACAGAAACAAGAAAAUGAUGAUCACCAGCGGUGAUGAAGCUCGUGAGCAUUUGUUUAUUUGAUGUUUUCUUUAGCUAAAGAGUCAUAAUGUUACUUCACUGCUUUUCUAAAUUCUGGGAUGUUUCUCGGCUAUGCGGACAGUGAUUUUCUAGAUUUUAAUGUUUCUCUGAGCGAAGACAUUUUCAAUCACGUCACCAGCAUUCAAGGUUCUUGUUGUGUUUUCCUUCUAUUCUUCAUGCUGAGUUCACGCCUCUUGGUUGUGGUUUCAUAGUUGUCCUGCAGACUCGAGCACCAGCUCAUAGAUCUCACUCUGCCUUCAAAGCUGCUUUCGGUGGCACUUGUUCUGAUCCAAAAAAAAGCACAGAUGACGUAUUAAAUAGCAGCACUCCAUGAAGAGUUCAACACACGACACAAUCUGUUAAGACACUGUUUAAGGAGUUUCUUUCAGAUGACUAUGAUGUGUAAAGUGAACAUUCAGGUUUGACCUUUUGUUACCUCAAACAAUUAAGUUACAAGUGAUCUUUGAAUUUUUCAACAUCAGCUUGGAAAGGCAGACUACUUGAGGAAAAAGUUUGAAUUGUUAAAAUAAGCUGUAUAUUCCAUGUUGAUAAUCCAUCAUGACUGUAAUAUUGAUCAAACUUCAGUGCUUAAUUUUCGUUGCCUUGUUUUUUCUUUGUGCAGAUGAAAGUAUGAAUCAUGUAUUUUCCUCAUUUACAGACCUGAACCACUGUAAAGCCAGGAGCAGCACUUGAUUUCUUUUUGUUCUCAGAAAGCUUGUCUUUGAGUGUUUUAAGGCCUUUUAAGCUAACUAUCGUCAAUAAAGAUGUUUUUCU